AUGCGGCGAGCCUCCACAGACCUGACCGAUGCGGCGCGGAACAUCGAAGAGUCGGUUGGAACUCCCUCUGCGGCUGUCAUAGACCCCGAAAUGGAUCUCUCACCACCCCGAGAAGACGAGGAGGAAAGCAGGAAAGAUAGGCAGUUCACGCCGCCGUCACACAUCGCUGCCCGGUUCUACCGCCCGACUCAGAUACGCCGCAAAGACUCGGCGGCUUCGUCUCGCCGCAACUCCAUCUCUUCCGCUCACUCACGCUCUUCACACGGCUUUGGAGGCAACGGCGACGAUCCUCAAAGCAAGUAUAUUGCCCAGCAGCUGCGGCGCGCAUCUAUACUGGAAGAUCGGAAGGCCCGCCUAGCCGACCGCGCAGCUCAUGCCGAAAAGGUCCGCCUAAGGGCAGCAAUGACCAAAGCCUCGCAGCAGAGGAACUAUUCAAACUCGGAAGAACGAGCUUUGGCUGCUGCACAGGCCCGGGAAAGUAAGCUUGCCGAGAUUGUGGCCGCUUGUGCCGAAGAGGUCAAGCGGGCAAAAGCUGUGGCCGAGAGCACCCGCGAGAAGAAGGAGCAGGCAUUGCGCAAGCUCAAGAUGCAGAUGGAAGAGCGUCUUGCCGAGGCUGAGAAGAGGAGAGAAGAACUGCGGAGCCGACACACUGCCAAACGUUCACGCGGCCAGAGCCUUACGACAAAGAAGCCAAGCAUUGAUUCCAUUCUAGAAGCCAAGGAGCAGGGCACAAUUGCUAUGAGCGAAGAGACCGCCGCUUCCACAAUUCAAUGGUGGUGGAGGACGAUAUUGAGGCAAAGAGCGGUACAGGAGUUCUCUAAUCUUGGUCUAUCCAUUGACGGCGUAAGAGAUACCUCGUUCGAGAAAGUUGUCGAGCUACUUGCAGAAGAAAAGGUUCUUACAACAACUGCACGGGUGCUGCGAAUAUGUGGUCUCCAGGAGGGUGCUCCAGAUUCGGUGGAAGAGAUGGCCGCUAUCCGGACCUUUCUCAGUGCAUUUGUCAUCCUAGGUCAUCCUACCCAAGUGCUCAGCAAUAAGGAUGAUAAAGGAGAGCAGGAGCAGGUUGGAUCUGUCCAAGGGCAACCCAUUCCCAGAGACGAUCUUGCUAAUCCACAGUUACAGGAUCUGGUCGGUAAGGCUCGUGAUGUUCUGAUCACCUUUGAGAACAUCCUGUCACGGUUGUCAUCACUCAACAAUUGGAUGACGCCCCCCGCUGUGCAGGAAGCUCUGCCCGAAGCGUACGCGACAUUUCACAAUGCCUUCAUUGCAUGGAAAGCACGUGAUUCGAAUGCUCUUAUUGAAGUCAUGAUACUGCAGUUUGUGGAGCUGGAUGCCAUACUGCAGACAGUCAAGGACAGUACUGAACAGGCCGUCUCCGAGACUUACCGCCAGAGCAUCAAGGACAAUCAGCUGCAGCUCAUGGUCAGGAUCAAGAGACUUGCUGGUGCCCAACAGGGCAAGAAACUGAUAUUUGAUGCUGUGAAAGAAGCCCGAAAGGCAAGAGCAGCAAAGAAGCCGACGGGCGACACAAGGCCCAGAGUGGCCGAUGACUCCUUGGGUCGUGACAGCUCAGCAAAGGAUCAAGCGACCGCCGAAAAUGAAGUCUCGGCGCAAUUACAAACACUUACACCGCCCUCUACGCCUCAAAGCAAGCCCAACGCCAAGCAGACAUUGAUGGCAACUCCAAUGUAUCCGCCUAUUCUGCCAGACAAUAGGAUCAUCGUGCAUGAGCUAGCUAUCAAUAGGGAAUAUCGCAUCGAGUAUCAACAUUUCCGAGAACAGCACAAGAUGCGGAUGGAUCCCAUGUUCCAGGAUCUCAAACUAGGCCCGAGAAGCGAGGAAAAGGAGUUUCGCUACUUGAUUGUUAUGGCGCAAUACAUCAAGGACAGGCUCCAACACCUUGUCAAGCCGGGAUCAACAAUGCAUACUUUUAUAGGUGAAAUGCUGGACACGGAGAUUGCACAGAGUCAAUUCCUUGCUGGAAGCUUCUCCAUUGAAAAGUUCUUUUCGUCCAUGGGCUCCCUGCUGCCCAAGCUCUGCGCUCCUGUUCGCGACGAGGAGGUAAAGGAGCUAGUGGAGAACAAGCUCACAGAGGGUCAUGUUGUCGAUCGCUUGGAGUCACUCAUCGCCUUUAUUGAUACAAUGCUCUAUGACUAUGCCAACUACAUGUUGCAAGUCGCGGCACCCAACCUCGUGGAGCAUGCCUCUGCGUAUGAAACCAAGCGUUUCGCUGAAGAAGUAGAGGCUGGAUCGACAUCCUUGACGCGUGCCAAGACUUGUUGGAAGGCAGCACGCACGAAACUCUAUGAGGAGGCAGCUCGGCGGGAUCCAGAAGGCAUCAAUCUAGCGAAAUCGCGGCCGACGCCGGACAAGAUUUACUGGCAAAUGCUGCUGGAUGAGUUUACACAGCCAUCUCCGCCAGCUGAUAGCAUUCCAGAGCCACUCGAGCUGGACACCAAACGCCGCUCUCGCGUUGGCUCGCAAGUCCUCAGGAUAGUCACAGCUGGCGCAAUUCUGCUACAGUGUAAAAACAUGCUGAAGCGUGAUGUCCGAGCUCCGUGGAAAACAGAGGCUGGACGUCUCAUUAUGGUCCUCGAGGCUCUGGAGGAUAGCGAAAAGCCACUGGAGCAGGCUGCUGGCAUCGAUGGUAUAAUGGCUGCUUUGGAAGGAGGGCGGUCUAUGCCUGUUGCUACCAAGACGCACUUGCGAGCUCUGGUCACCAAAUUUCUCGCUGCCAGCGCCGAGGCGAGACGCAACAAUAUGGAGCCUAGAGAGCCUGUUCUGAGAUUACUGCUCAACCGUAUAAGAAGUCAUGUUCUGGCACGUUUGCAAGCAGGUUCGGCAAGCGAGAAAGUCAAGGCAACUAGUGCAGCUGGUGAGAAGCUCGCUGGUUUGGGACUACCGGAAUUUGUGGAGAAAGUACGAGAGAUAGUCGACGAGCUCGCCAGGGUUGGAGCUAUCGAUCGCGAGUCUCAUGGCGUCUGGUGGGAGAGUAUUGCUGAAGAGGCUGACAAGGAAGCAGCUGCUUCGGCCUCGGCUUCAACACCCCCAGCGUGA